GAGCCACACUGUUGAAUAGCAAUUGGUCCGCGCUUCUAUCACUCAGAGGGGUGGGUAACAUAAGUUACCACUGAACUUUCAUUUCCAGAACUUCUAGUACGAUUGAAGUCUUGUAAGCCGGUUCAAGAAAAAAAAAAACAUUAGCUUUCUUUUAAAUUUGACAUAUUUUCAAAGCAAGAUGACUUCAUACACGUGGAUUUUACUUAUUUUUGCAAGUCUUGCGGCAACGAGAGCACAAGAUUUAGACCUGUCUCAUGCUUUUGAUGAUGAUGACUCUCCUGCAAAACCAACGGUGAAACCAGCGGUGAAACCAGACCCACCCAAAAACCCAGAUCAAGGAUUUGAUCUGUUAGAUGCCUUCGAUUCAGACCCCAAAAAACCUGCUGUGGUCCCACCCAAAUCAGGAGACGAUAAAAAGAAUCCAUCUGGAGAUGAAUUUGAUCUGUCUGAUGCAUUUAAUCCAGAUCUUGAUCCCAAAAAACCUGUUGUCCCACCCAAAGAGAGAGGAACUGGUGGUGGAACUUUUGAUGACAAAGACCUUUUCGGUGUGAGUGACGGGGGUGAAUACACGCCCGAUAAAGGUCGAAUUGGAGGAGGAGGAGCAGACCCUGGCUAUGAUGAUCAAAGCGGCGGCCCUUCUGAUCAACCUCAAGAUCUAAACCAGCAGUGGCUCCAGCUUAUCAAGAUGCUAGGCGAUAAUAUACCAGAAGGCCUCAGUGUCUGGAUUGCCGGGUUUUUACAAGUAGUAGAGCCCCUGCUAGAGCAGUUUCGGGGACUUCUGAAUGUAACAGAGGAAAAGGCAGAGCUUUAAAUGUCUUGUUGUAGUAACCCUCUUUGCUUGUGUUGGGGUGAAAUGAUUUUAAACAUUGUUUACAUGGUUUGGUUUUAAGGCUGGGGCUGCUGGUGGUCAUGGUUUAUUGAUGAGAUGCAUAUUUUGGUCGUGAUCAAGAUUAAUCAUAUUGGUUUUGAAAAUUUGGCAAUAUGGAAUUAAUUGUAUUGUAUUGCUGACUGGUUUGACGGUUGACUUUUUAUGUUGGUAACUAAGGAUUAUUAAAAGCCUAUAUACACUUCCAUUAAAAAGUUUGGGGUCAAUAAGUCUGUGUUAAGAAAUGUUUCUUAAGCACCACAUCAAUCUCCAGUAUCAUCAUGAUCCUUUAGAAUCAUUCGAAUAUGCUGCAGUUAUGGCUGUUGGACUUUCAGCUUUGCAUCACAGUAAUAAAUUACAUUUUGAAAUGUUACAAUAGAAAAGUUUGUCCAAUAUUAUGGUUUUUACUGUACUUUUGAUCAAACAAAUGCAGUCUCGGCGAGCAUAAGAAGCUUCCUUAGUCUGACCCUAAACUUUUGAACAGCAGUGUAUAUAAUAAAUCUGUUGGUGGAUGCCUCUAAUAGUUGGUUGUUAUGAAUAUGGUAGCGCGUACGAAUAAAUUAUAUUGAUUUUGAUUGUGAAAUAGAGAAUACAAUAGUGAUACAGUUAUUAUUUUAGAUCAAAAAGAGGGGUGUGAAUUCCAAUAGAUGCUAUCUGUUUCCUUAGGACAUCCUCAAUGACUUCUGGUCUUUUUUUUCAUGAAUUUUACAUUUUAUGCCAAUGAAUAGAUCUGCGACUGGUUUUGCCUGGGUUUGAGAAGGCGUAUUUCUGCUCGGUUUUAUGGAAUUAACCCCGAGGCCAUACUGAGCAUUCCAUUGUUUGCUUCCUUUUCCUCUGCUCAUGGAAGCCAUCUUAUUGUCUAUUUUCUUGAAAAAAGAACAUUUGAGGUUGAAACAUUGUAGCACAAUUCUCUUGGCUAAAACUUGACGUACCAGAGGAUUGAAACUGGCAAAUGUUUCCCCUUGUGUGCGUCACAACCGAAAGCUUUAGCACAUGCAGGGAUUAUGCCAUCCUAAAUCUCAAAGAGAGCAGAGGCGCUAUAGGGAUUUUUUUUUAUUUUUUUUUUUACCACAGAUACUGAUGUUUCAUCUAAAAAUAGACUCUUAAAAAUCUUAUUGGCAUCAAUGGUUCCAUGAAGAACAUUUAGAAACUUUCAAUUGCACAAAGAGUUGUUUAGACACGCACUCAAGAACUGUUCACUAUUAUUGGCGAACUGAAACUGGUUCUUCUACUGCAUUGUUGCGACCCUCCAAACGACCCCUCCCCCAUCCACACGCACAUUUUUGUAAUGUUUAUUUACCACAUAGCAGGCAUUCAUCCUAUUGUAAGAGCAUGGUAGUUUACAUUAACGGCUGUUAAUCUAUUGAAUAUUUCAAUGUUGUCUGGUUUUGUUUUUCAUGAUAGAUGCCUUUAACAUUGGUAUUGUUUGGUGUCCAUUUUGAUGUAUUGGUUCUCAAUUGUAGUAUUUCAGGGUCACAUUUUUCUUUUCUUAAGUUUAUCUGGUUUCUUUUCCGCAGAAGUGGUUAUUUUCUUUUUUAAGCAUUAUAGCAACUUUUUGUGUUCUCUUUCCUUUUAAUAAAGUGAAAUGUGAGAAUUC